CUCACAACCUCUCGCAUGCUGAUCUCCCCUCUUUCUCAACGUUUGCCUUAUUUUUAUUAAGAAACCACUUGAGCAUGCAUCCAUCGUCAAAUAGACCGGCUGAAUGAGAGCACCGUUAUGGUGUAGCACACGCACACGUUUCACCCUGAACGGUGGUCUGCGCAGCUUGGCAGGUACAAAAACCCCCUCGUAUGAACGUACGUACGACCUUGUCUCCCAUCCUGGCACGGCGCCCAGUGCGCGACUUUUCAAAGAAAGACGGUCGCAGCAAAGAACCAGGCCUAACGGCUCGUUGUACGCAACUUUCCCUUGUUAUCAGUUAAUCCCAGGCAAUAGUAGAUCGGCAUCUGCUGCUCCCGCACGGGGGCGUCCUAUAAGCGGCACGGGUAUGGGUGUGUGCAUGCAUGGCUUUGGCAUAUGCCGGGAGGGGUCUUGCAUCUCUCGGCACGCCAGCAACCAGGCGGCAGAACGUGGAUGGGAGAAACCGAUAAGUGCGAAGGGUUCCCAGCUUGGUGCGGGUGAUGUCAAGAGACGAUUCUCUGUUCCUUUCUUCGCGAUUGUUUCUGCUGCGGCCAUCAUGGUUUGUGUCUCGCUGCGAGCAUUUUUCGUCUUUGCGCCAUUGAUUUCGAAUGUUGUUGGCCAGUAUGGUCAACCUGGGGUGGAAAUUCCGUCCUUGUUGAAUGCUACGGUUGAGGAAUUGAUGGCUGGAUUGGAAGGGAAUUUGUUCACGAGUGCCGAUCUCGUCAAUGCAUAUGUUGGCAGAAUCUUGGAGACAAAUGAGGCUCUCCAUGCGGUGACAGAGAUCAAUCCAGACGCGUGGAAGAUUGCAGAGGAGUUGGACGCGGAGAGAGCAGCAGGAAAGGUCCGAGGACCUCUUCAUGGCCUGCCUAUCUUGCUUAAAAACAACAUUGCCACAGCGGAUCUGAUGAACAAUACUGCGGGCUCGUACGCUUUGCUUGGUGCCAAAACCCCACGCGAUUCGGCUGUUGCAGAGAAGCUUCGGGAGGCUGGUGCUGUCAUCCUAGGAAAAACAAAUCUUAGUCAAUGGGCAAACUUUCGAUCUUCCAACUCAUCCAACGGAUGGUCUGCUCAUGGUGGCCAGGUACUUGGCGCUUAUCACCCUGAUCAGGACCCGUGUGGAAGCUCUAGUGGCUCGGGCGUGGCAGCAUCGAUUGGUCUCUCAGCUGCUGCUAUCGGUACAGAGACAGAUGGAUCGGUUAUUUGUCCGUCGCAAUUAAACAACAUUGUGGGGAUCAAAACUACUCUUGGGCUUGUGUCCCGCGAUCUCGUGAUCCCUAUCUCCGAGCACCAGGACACUGUCGGGCCCAUGGCUCGAACAGUCAAGGACGCCGCAUACGUUUUGCAGGCAAUCGUCGGACAGGACACACGAGAUAACUAUACCCUUGCUGCACCAUAUAAUGGAACGUAUCCAGACUAUGUUGCAGCAUGUUCUCCAGAUGCCUUGAGCGGAGCACGACUCGGGAUCCCAUGGCAGAAUGUCUUGUAUGCAAACCCCAACCCGGAGAUCGUAGCGCAGUUCCAAGAUGAACUCAAGGAGUUGGAGGCAGCAGGUGCUGUCCUCGUCAAUGUCACGUAUACGGGCUGGGAUCAGUUCGUGGCCGAUGAGGGAAACACCGAAGUCAGCAUCUUAUACACAGACUUGAAACCAAACCUAGCCAGCUAUCUUGCUCAACUGACCGUUAACCCUGAGAACAUCACGACGCUUGCGGAUGUGAUCAACUUUACGCGAACCUUUCCACCAGAGGAGUACCCUGACCGAAAUACAAUUAACCUUGACAACUCUCAAGCUAUCAACAUUACUCUGGGGUCGGCUGAGGAGUGGGCCAUGUAUCAAUUCAAUCAAUAUUUGGGCGGAGAAGGAGGAUUGCUGGGAGCUCUCGAACGGAACAAUCUCACAGCUGUGGUUCUUCCGUCUGCGCGGUCUUCAACGCAAUCUGCUAUAGUCGGAGCGCCGGUGGUAACAGUACCGUUGGGUGCAUUUCCAGCAAAUACGACAGUGGUGAGGAAUGCGAGAAACCUGGUGACUGUUGGUCCAAAUAUACCCAUUGGGAUAUCAUUUGCAGGUCGUCUUUGGAGCGAGGCGCAGUUGAUUGGGUUGGCCUAUGCAUAUGAGCAGAGGACCAGGCACCGUGAGGGAAUUCAUCCAGUCAUUAUUCCCACGACAGAACUGGAAGACGUUAUGGGAGAUUGAGUCAAAGGAAGAAAGUAUAGUUAUGUAACUUAUGUAUAGGAAGGAUGCAAAGAAUAAUAAACACAUUC